UUUCCUGCAUGAACUGAAUUUCAUCCCACAACAAUUCAGCUUGAAAACCGCUCGCGAUCGGCUUCAAAUGAUGGAGGGUCGUCGCAGUUCUGUUUCGAGGCUAUUUUCUGUGUGUGGUGUUCUUGUAACCCUUUUCAUUCUCUUCUCAUGCACCGGCUGCUCAGGCGCAAAACUCAAUCCCUGUUCCAAAACCAGCACGGAGUUUAUCAAGAAUUCAUGUAGACGAACUUUGUACCCACAAGUGUGCGUCGAGUCCCUCUCUGCCUAUGCCAGCACCAUUCAGGAGAGCCCUAAACUAUUGGCUCAAGUGGCUCUCUCUGUCAGCCUGAAGAGCGCGAGAUCGACUGAGAAGUUAGUGUUGAACUUGUCGAAAGUGAAUGACAUUAGGCCAAGGGAAGCGGCAGCCUUGAUGGACUGUGUAGAGACCAUGGGCGACUGCGUGGAGGAGCUCCGGCAGUCUCUGCAGGAGAUGAAACAUCUGGGCGGCCCCGAUUUCGCUCUAAAACUGAGUAACAUAAAGACAUGGGUAAGCGCAGCUCUGACCAAUGAAGAUACAUGUAGGGACGGCUUCCAAGACAAAUCCAUGAAUGGAAAUAUCAAGAAUACAAUUACCAAAAGUAUUGACUAUGUAGCCAAGCUUACCAGCAACGCCUUAGCGCUAAUCAACAAUAUACAGCCAUCCAAUACUCCCAACUCACCCUGAGUUCUGUUCUAUCUCAAUAUAUAUAAAUGAUUUAGUAAUAUCUAAUAUGGUUUGAAUUGAUCUCCCUCCCCUGUAGAAUUAUCAAAUAUGUAUUCGACUUUGAUCUCUGUCACC